AUGGCAAAGUCGUGGCAGGUCUUCGUGACGGUCCCCUUGUUGUCGUUGGCGAUCGGAAUGCUGUUGGGCGCGGUUCUUCGAGAUGAUUGGCACGUCCGUUGGUGGAGCUGUUCACCCACAGAAAACAGCACGGCCGACCUGAACAAUGAUUUUGGCAAAGCUGCACAACGCACACUUCCAAGGAACAACUCCACUGCCUCGUUCCUGAUCCAGCAAUGUACCGAACAGUCGCUGUUGUUCAACAUAUGGAACACGAAGAAAAACACCGUACAUCAUGUGUCCCUACCGCUGUUCCUGAUCACAAUGGUCAGCAUGUCGUUUUCUAUCCUGUUCGGCGUCUUCGCCAUAGCCUGCUCCGUAGUCACUCGUCUCCGUUCGGUGUUUCUUAUGGACAAAUGGUCCUGUCAACAAGAUUACCUAGCUAGCGUCCUGCGGUAUCAUCGUGAUGCGAACGCUUGGGUGGUGUCCCGUUAA